UUAAUCCAGCAGUAACAGAGAUUGACUUAGCAUUAGAUACACCCCUGAAUUGGGCUAGAGCUAAAAUGGCCGACACAUCAGACUAUAUUAGAGGUGGAGCUUUCAUCCUCCUGUUUCUGAUUACCGGUCUGAGAGAUUUAAAUACCUGGCUCUUAGCUGACCUCAUCUUUACUGGCUUUACUGGAUUCCUCCUCUACAUCAACCCAGCCUGGACAAUUAACUUACAGACCAAAGAUUUGAAAGUGGAUGUAAUACAUGGACAGCUGAACCGGCUUUUUGCCUCCUUCCUCCUGGGUCCUCUUUUGAUCUGGUUACUGAGGAGGAGGACAGAAGACUCCUCCAUGAGGGCAACUAUGCUCCUCUCGAGGGCAAUGGGUAUCUCUGUACUGCUUAUUGUUAUGACUAUUGGUCAGCUGUCCUAUGGUGAAAUCUUUACAGACAAGCAUUUCUGGUUUGGAUUUCUUGGUAAUGCCCUGUGGCUUGUAGCCAAUGUAUUCCAACUCCUAAAGAAUCGCCCAGAAAUCCAAGGUGUAAAGCAGUCAAGGGGAAUAACUCUGCUUCUCCACCUGAACAGCUUAAUUAUGCUUCUAAUAUCUCUGUCACAUCUAUCUUUUCCUAAUGCCAUGUGCAAAGUUCAGGGAAGAAGGGUAGAUAAGUACCACAUCCACACCACUCGCUCAGCUGGUGCCCUGAUGAUGGGCUGGAGUAUCCUCACCUGGUUCUCCCCGAGGUUCCAUAAAAAGGAGGAUGUCAGGAUUGUAUUUCUGGCCCAGAUACUGAUAUGGGGCCUUAGUGAGGGCACAUACUUAAUCCUUCACUUCCAGUCGGGACUGAUGACAAAUCAGGAACUCGCCGUACGAUUGGCUACAUUCUCACCGUUACUUCUACUGUCUGUGAUAGGACUGUAUCUGUGUUCUAGAAACAAUUCUUCACCAACCAAUGAGAAGAAAGAACAGUAAACCUCCGAAAUUAAUUACCGGCAGUGUUUAUUUUUAAGUUUGAGUUUGCCUUGUGACAAUGGACAUUUUGUGCAUUAUUUUUAACAUUUUUCUUAGACAAUACUCUUAUUCAUCAUACAGAUUCAAGGAACAUAGUUCCAAAAGAUUUUUUUUCUCAAUUACAAAACAGUCUACAAAUAUAGGCAUUUACAUAAUUUUUUUUUUUUGCUAGAUGCAUUCUACUUCACAUGAUACCUUAACAUACAAAACUUUUUAAUUGCUUAGUCUGUGUAGAUAAUGUCAUUAAUGUUUUCAUUUCAUUGUUUGCAUCAGUCAAUCA